CGCGCGGCAACUCGUGUCGCGCGCCUCACCAGUAUAGUACUGGUACUAGAGCAGACAAAAGUUGGUUAGUUUUUCCCCUUACCACUUCAGCAGGCAUCACACACGUGGGGGCAUUUUGUAGUGUUUAAUUAAAUUCAAGCAAGUUUGCCCUACGGUAUUCGGGAGCUCGAAAACUGCACCGACGCCUUUGAAGGAGCUGCUGACUGCGAGUUCACCAGCUGAAGCCAGAUACUACCGUGGAAAAGUUAUUGUUGGGCAGCCCGUGGGGUUUAAAGUUCAGCUAACCGUAGCGGCGCUGGCUACCCUCUGGCUACUAGCAGGUAGUUAGCUCCAUAUCUUUAGUGAUUACGUUAGUUUGGUCACAAUGUCAGCUGUGUUCCAGACACGACGUGCUUUGGUGGAAAUACCCGCCCCGCAGCCCAAAAUUGCAGCUCGAAUGAGGAGGUCCUACCUAGAAAUACUAAGUGCUCGUUUGGCUCCAUCUCCACUUCCAAGGGGGAAGAACACAAAGCGCGUGCAGUCACUGGACUUGUCCAUUGGUGGGCUGUGGAGUGGGGGCAUAGAGGAGCACUGUGAGAAGAUGGAUGAGCACCAUACUCCCCUCUCCAAACCGCAGCUUGUGCAGCUAAUCAGAUCUCUCAUCUUAGUUGAACAGAGCCAAGAGCCCAGAAUCCUAGCAUCAGACCUGAAGUAUCUCCAGGAAGACCUGCAACAAAAGAAAGCAAAUGUUUACAGGUCCAUACCCUACUCACGGCUUGGCUCUAACAGAGACGCCCACUGCUACAGAAAGGCAUAUCCUCACCUGGUGGCGUUCAAAGUUUCAUGUCAGGAGUGGGGCCAAGUUCUUCUGAGGAACAAAGAGUGGGACGCUGUGUUGGAGCACACAAUGAUGGCGUGGCGGUACACCAGCGAGCUGCCGCAGUGGGAUACAGCGAACCAUAACACUCUCCGAGAACAGUGUUACAGCAUCCUGGCAUCUCACAGCCUCACUGCUCUCCAGCACUACCACCCUGAAACUAGCAGAGGACACGAGCUGCUCAGAAGGUUGAAGACGGCUCAGUUGUACAGCCAGUCAAUUGUGCCCUGUAUUCAAGAGUUGCAGAGGAUUAUGGGAUGUGCUGAUGACUCCAUGGACACACAAUAACACAGACACUAUUUAACCAGCCAGCUAUACUGUAGUGAAAAAUAUGCUGCUUAGAUUUAUCUAAAUGACUUGUGUGGCAUGUGUUGUGCUGGGCCAGAACAUUUUACAUGGUAGUGUUGGGGGGGGGGGAGACCCACCUUCUAAAUGGCUGAAAAUGCAACAAACCCUCUUAUUUAAAUGAUAUGCCAUUUUUUUUACAUCAAAUGGCAAGUAUUAUUACAAGGAGUUUAACAUUUGUUGCAUGGCACACCUCAUAAUGUGUUCAUAAUUUAACAUUAUUCUUAUUCUCAUUUUACCUGACAGCAUAUUACAAAAAACAGGUUUCUGAGAAAUGUUGCAUUAGGUUGGUGCUGGCAGUGAUAAAUUUAAUGUUUGUAUAUUUUUAGAACUUUGUGUACAAUAACUUUUUCAUCGACCACUGAAACUUUAAAAGUAUGAAAUUGCCUUUCUUGUUUAUAAGGGCAGGUUUGUUUGUCUGUAUGUCCUUGUUUUCGUUCACAAUACUUGAAACUGUGGCCUUUGCUGUCUUUAACUGUAGAUAUGUUUUAUAUGUAUGUCUUGUUUGUAGAAAAUCGUUUGUCACUGAUUGCACUGUUUGUCCUGAAAACUUGAAAAUAUUUUGAUAAAAUGGACCCUUGAUUUCAAUAAAGUUACUUCGUAUUUGUGA